GAAAAAGCGAGGAUUUAUUAUAAGAGUUACGGUAUUUUGAGGCUAUUGGUUCUCUACUGCCCCCUGCUGGAUGAACACUGGCAUAACAAGACACCUGCCGAUCACAGGUAACGCGCGACACACACCUGAGCAACAUCGCACCACAGUAAUGUCCAGCUGGUUGAAGGACGGGGUGGUGUUGGAGGGGACGGGCAGUGGUCAGAUGUCGCCCCGCUCCAGACUGCGGAGCCCCUUGCCGAGUCGGACAGCGAGGUUACAUUCGUCCAAUGAUGCGACCUCUCCUGACUCAGACAGACAGGACAGAAUGAGCAAAGCUAAAGAGCUCUUUGAGCUCUGUGAUAAAGAGGGGAAAGGAUUCAUCACGAAGAGAGACAUGCAGCGGCUUCAGCAAGAGCUUCCUCUGUCUCCUGAGCAGCUGGAAUCAGUGUUUGAGAGUUUGGACAGAGACAGAAAUGGUUACCUCACACCCCUCGAGUUCCACAUGGGCCUAGGAGAGCUUGUUGGUUCUGGGCCAGAGGAGAGAGCGAGGAGCGGAGAGGAGAGAGUAGAGCCGACGGAGAUCCGAUUCACACACAUCCUCAUGGAGCUGGGAGCUGAUAAACUCUUCAAAGAUCAGUGGGAGCUGUGUACUCUGUGGUGUGAGCUCCAGAGGGACAAACCUGAGCUGUUGGAUGUUUUGGAGGAGGUUCUUUCCUACACUGUCUCUCAUCUUCAGGAUGCACUCAAAGAGAAAGACAAUUUAGAACAGGCACUGCGCAGGAGAGAGGAAGAUCAUGACCGAGUGGUUCGGUCCAUGUAUGAAGACAUGGAGAGUCAGUUAAAAGAAGAGAGAGAGAAACGACAAGCUCUGGUAAACACGCACUGUAAAUAUGAAUUUUCAUGUCUGACUGUUUCUCACUACAGAGAAGUCCUGAAAGUGUCCCGAAACAUGCAGAAGGAACGGGAAAGCCUCAUGAGACAGCUGGAUCUUCUCAGAGACAUGAACAAGCGUCUUCGGGAUGAUAAAGAUGCCCAACAGACACAGAAGAUGGUUAGUCAAAAAUACCCCUUCAUGUCUCCCACUCCUUACCCACCGUGCCGCUGUGUUCACGCCUUCUCGCCGUGGGUGCGCUCUGUUUACCCAUAUUAACCCUGCCUUUUGCCCAUAUAACAUUACCCACAAUGCAUACAGCUAAAUGUGAACGGCUACAUUCGUCUGGAUGUAUUUCUGUGAGUUUCCAUGAGCCCAUGUUUCUUCGGGAAUUUGAAAGUUUGUGGAUGAUGCCAGCCACACGCUCUUCUGGAAUAUUCACAUUUUCCAGGUGCAGCUCUGGUUAGUUUAUUCUCGGGAGAGCUUGUUCCAUUCGUCAGCCUCUAAGAGGAACAACUAAUGACUUGAAGGAAACUUUGAACUCAACGAAGACCUUGUGUGGAACAUUUGAAAUUGUGAAUAUGGAAUUUAGCCCUGUUCUCCAAUCAAACGGGUCACAUUUGGAGAAAGAUUGUUCCUUGUUUGGUCUGUUAUGGAAACAAGUGUGAUUCCAAAAUAAUGGUUAUUUCUGUUUCAGAAGAGCCUUAAUCACUUAAUGCCCCUCAUUUUUUACAAAGAAAGUCAGUCAAAAAAUAAGAAAAAUACCAUAAAUAACAUUUAAUUUGCAGAUUACAUUUCAAUGCCUUGAAAUAUAUGGCCCUUUACCUCAUUAACUCUGAUUUUAUACAUUUACAUUUUU